AACAAAUGUUAAUAUUGAAUGACUGAAAACAAACUGAAUGUGGUGUGGCAUCUGUGUUCCCCCACCCCCACUUGUUACUUGCCAGUAAGCAUUGUGGCGAUGGCGCACUUGCUUGACGCUCACUUGCCCCGUGAAACAGUUUUGUGACUUCACACCUCCAAGUUAGUACCUAGUGAUCGCGAGUCUCAUACACCUGAUUUAUACCACUGAUCACCGACCACCAUGGUUGGUACAAACGCAAUGGUGGCUCAAAAAGGAAAAGAGGGCAAGAUGGCUCUCUCUUUCUUCACAAAGCUGGCCUACAGCGUCGGCCAUGUUCAGAACGAUCUGUGUGCUUCCAUGUGGUUUUCGUAUCUCCUGAUAUUCUUCAACCUAGUCCUCGGAUUAGAGAGUAAAUAUGCAGGAUUAUUGAUGACCAUCGGACAAGUGGCUGAUGCCAUAUCGACUCCAUUUGUGGGAUUCUGCUCAGACCGAGGCGGCGUGUUCUGCUGCUCUGGAUAUGGUCGAAGAAAGAGCUGGCAUUUGCUUGGAACAAUAUGCGUGGUGGCAAGCUUCCCGUUUGUGUUCGCAAGCUGCAUUAACUGCGCUGACAGCGAUAUGUGGGCGAAGCUAUUGUACUUUUCGGUUUUCAUUUGUGUCUUCCAAUUUGGAUGGGCCUCCAUACAAAUCUCCAAUCUGUCUGUUGUACCUGAACUCACUCCUGACGAGCAUGAACGCACAGCAUUAUUAGCUUACAGGUAUACUUUUACUGUGAUAUCAAACAUGACCGUUUACGUAGUGAUAUUCCUUGCUUUAAGAUUGGGAGGCGUAAGUGAAACUCAAGUUGGACCUCAUCAACUUCAUAUUUUUCAGUAUGUUACCGUCAUCAUUCUAGUGAUAGGAACAUUCACCUCACUGCUCUACCAUAUUGGAGUGAAGGAGAGAAUCAGAGAUGACGCCAUUCUGCAGCCGGGCGACACAGAGUUCUACCAGAGGACCAAGUUCGCCGAUCUGUUCAAGGACUGGCACCUGUACAAAGUGGCCAUCGUUUACAUGGCGACUCGGCUGUUUGUCAACAUGUCGCAGGUGUUGAUCCCGCUCUACCUGCAGUACUUCCUGCUGCUGCCGUCAGAGAGCAUAGCCACCGUGCCGUUUGUUGUCUUCACCAUGAGCUUCUUGACAUCGCUGAUCAUCAAGCCUUUGAAUCAGAGGUUUGGACGCAAGUUGGCCUACAGUCUAGGAGUUUUUAUUGGUGUAGCCUCAUCGAUAAUAGUCUACUUUGGUCACGGAGAAGUCUACAAUCGAUUGACAGUGUUCGCAGUGGCUGCUCUAUUUGGGUGCGCAUCGUCUGUGAUGCUUGUGACGAGUUUGGGUGUCACAGCCGACCAUAUUGGACAAGAUCUUGACAAUGGUGCACUCAUUUAUGGACUCAUGAGCUUUGUCGACAAAAUUUCAAAUGGCUUUGCAAUAUUAGUGAUUCAGUCCAUGAAAAAACAACGGACACAUUAUAGAGACUGUUUAUCUUUCGUUUGCGGAGUAUCAGCCAUCAUAGGACUGAUUGCAAUCUUCACAUUCAGCAAUACAAAUAGAAACGAUAACAGGAACUCUCCUGAAGAUAACAGAGGUUUUGAGCCAGAAAUUCAAUCAUCAGCUGGGGACAUCAAUCGCACUAAUUCUGAAUCCUCAACGAUUGUGGUGGCUGUCACACAUGAAGGCAAUUCUCAGUGAAUACUACAUGCUACCCUUUGUUUUAAUUAUUCUAGAUUCUAUUUAAUAUUUUGACGAAUAGUAAAGAAUCAAAAAAUAUCAUCUUCAGUGCCAUGAUGAAAUUAUUCUAGAAAGUAUUUAGACUGAUAGUACAGCCUAUCAAUAAAUCAAACUGUGAAAAUUUUCUUUUGGAAAUAUUCUUACACAUCUCAUUAGUUCAAUUAAUUAAAAUAAGGCAUAAGAGCACAUAUUAUGAUUAAAUUAUUUGGAAAAUAUAAUUUUAAUAUUGCACAAUAAUGAGCCAUUAUGCUGUUUGGUUUGUUCCAAAAUAAGGUCUGAUAGAUGUUAAAUUAAGAUUCUGGAUAAAUGUAAUAGAACUUGAAUUAAAAAAAAAAAAAAACACUUUUGAAGUGAAAAUGCACUUACUUUGGUAGUGACGAUCAUUUCGACCUGUU